AGUACCUACUAGGUACCUUGUAAGUAAGUACCUAAUCUAGCUAUUCUUAGCCCUACGCCUACGCCUACACGAAUAUCGAUACCAAUAUCGACACCAAUAUCGACACCAAGUGUCUUCUUCAUGGACCUUGAACCUCAACUGGCUGGCUUCAUCUCGCAAUAUGGAGAACGACCAAACUGCGCCCUUGCAGAGGACCACGUCACAGCUAUCGGCAGUGUCUUCCCGGAGCCAUAGAGCUCACUCGAGCCGCGCAAAAUCUCGGUCGCGAAGGCUGGCUUCACAGGCCUCAAGCUCCGCAUCCUCCAUCGCCACCUCCGACAAGUCACUGACAUCGUUUCCCUCCUUCUCACCACAGGAGCCCCAGGAUGACCCAACCCUCACGAGACCAGCCUCACCUGCUGAAAUGGCCGCCCCUACUAUCGCCCGCGGCUUUGUUCCGCGGUUACCAGACCCCGCGACAGCAGAUGCCGCGUCGAUAGUCGAGAGCUUGACUACCGCCGAAGUUGCCAGAACCCCACGCGAUGCCCUCUUCGAAGACCAGCCUGUCCCCAAGCGAAACAUACCUGGCGCCCUUCACCUCUCCGAAGAUGAGCACAUCCAACGACUGCUCGCCAAAUAUGGUUCCGUCAACCUUGUUCGCCAGAUAGCCGAAGACCUGGCCCACCGCGACCUGGAAAUAUCCAGUCUGAGGCGAAAGGCCGAUGCGCGUGAACGAACACUAAGAAAGAUAAUACUGGAAUGUGGUCUGUCGAAUCUGGACCUGGAGAAGAGAAUGCGCAUGAUCGAGCGGGGGCUGGACAAGCCAAAACGCGAUGACGAUGAUGGUUUGUCCAAUAUGAUGAGUGAUGCCAUGGAAGAUCUACUAUCGCGAACAACGUCAGAUCGCUUCGCCGGAGAGAUUGACACGGCUGACAGCGGUGAGACCGAGUGCACAAUCAGGGCCAUAGAGCCGACCACACAAAAAGAAAACAAGGGAACAGUGAGGGCCUGGAAAGACUAUUUCUGGGGUACCGGCACUAGCAGAAAGUCUAGCCGGGCUGCCAAGAUGGACGGCGAAGGGGCCAGGACCGCCAUAAGGGCAUCUUUGGGAGGAGAUCGCCGACCCCCUAUUCAGGAAGAUCUCUUCACGCCGCCCGAGGUUGGAUCUACCCAAAACUCUAGUAGAGCUUCAAGUAUCUACACUGGGCCUGGAACAAGGAAAACCUCAACCUCUCUUGCAAACAUGGCUCUACAACUCGUUGCUGGCAAGUCUGCGAACCGUGCCGACUCUGACUCUACUAGAGGACGCUCGGAUUCGGUGCGACAGGAUGGGUCUUUGCGAACAUCUUCAACGGCGAGUACCAAGACUCGUGGAUCAGUGCCCGCAAACCCAUCACAUCCCGGGCCUAAGGCGCUGAUGUCCAUGCGCCGAUCUACACCUACUUCUGUAAAUGCAGCUCAACGAUCCCAGAAUUACGAAAGGAGAGAAGGACUGGGAACAUCCCCUGAUAAUGCAACAGACGCAAGAUCAGAUAACUACGUCCCUGUCGAGAUGGAUACCAUCUUCUCCCCUGAGGGUCAACCACCCACCUUGACCCAUAUCUACAACGUGAACGCUGAGUAUCUGACUGAUCGAUUUGGAUUCAUUUAUGAUCAACGUCGUAAACUGAGACAACGAGAAGCCGCGCAGGUGGCGGCCCAGAUAAAAGGGGGUAGCCGGGCAGAAAUGUUAACAGGCGGAAGAUCUGGUAUAUCCCCGAGCUCCGUUGAGGACGGCACUGGCUCCCUUCGCGGAAGUGGUAGUGAGGAUCGCCCAGGUUCGCCCAACUCUACAGAGGAUGUGGUAGAGCAAGGGAGACCGAAAAGAUGGCAAGACUAUCUCAAGAUUGCUACUGUUCAGACCGAGCUUCUAGCUCAUACUCCCGUCGCCACUUCUAGUUUCGAAGUACUUGAAGGUAGCGACCCGCCAAAGUCGCCCGGUUUGAUCACGACUAAUGACCGUGGUUUUGUCCCGUCAGCCAGCACCACCGCCGCUUUGAAUAACAACUCGAGCACUCCACAGAGUGAGGAGGCUUCUGCAACAUUAGUUCACGAAGAUACUGAGCCGGUCAAGCUGCUGUUAAGACAGCUGAGCGACGUCCACGACGCAUUGCAGAGAGAGAAAUCCGUUCGAUGGAAUGAAUUCCUGCGUAAAGUCAGAGCAGAGCGUAGAAGAGAGAGUGAGGCAGCUGCAGCUGCAGCCUCCGCAGCCGCGGAAGCGCGCUUUCAGAAGCCGCCCGUCAUGAUUCCCGAAGCGAAGCUCACAGAUGGAGAAACAAUCGGUAUCGCCGAUUUAGGGGUCAAAGGCAAAGUAGGCCGAGCAAAAUGGCACGAGUUUCGAUCUCUUGUGCUUGGUGGCAUUCCGGUUGCAAAUCGUCCCAAAGUAUGGGCGGAGUGUUCCGGAGCUCUGUCGAUACGCAUUCCAGGAUAUUAUGAAGACCUUGUCUCCAGGUCUGAUGCUGAGGAUGACCCAAGUGUGAUUACGCAAAUCGGCAUGGAUGUCCAUAGGACGUUGACGGACAACAUAUUCUUCCGCCGAGGCCCAGGGGUCGCCAAACUCCGCGAGGUGUUGAAAGCGUAUGCUCGGCGAAACCCAGAAGUUGGAUACUGCCAGGGUAUGAAUCUCAUCACGGGCAACCUACUGCUCAUCAUGCCGUCCACAGAAGAUGCUUUCUGGGUGCUGGUUUCAAUUAUCGAGCUGAUUCUACCUCACGGCUAUUACGAUCACAGCUUGAUAGCAUCCCGUGCGGAUCAAGUCGUUCUACGCCAUUACGUCACGGCGGUGCUCCCAAAACUCUCGCAGCAUCUAGAGGCACUCAGCAUUGAACUUGAGGCUUUGACAUUCCAGUGGUUCCUCAGCGUCUUUACGGAUUGUCUGUCUGCCGAGGCUCUCUUCCGCGUCUGGGACGUCGUGUUAUGCAUCAGUGAUGGCUCUACGUUUCUCUUCCAAGUUGCUUUGGCGCUCUUGAAGCUCAAUGAGCAGCGUCUACUGCAAUGCGACACCCCUGCCGCCAUCUACACGUACAUCAACCACCAAAUGACUAAUCAUGCAAUCAGCAUUGACGGUCUGAUUCAAGCUUCCGAAGGUUUACGUAGAGUAGUACGAAGGGAAGAAGUUGAAGAUAGGAGGAACAAGGCGAUCGAAGCCGAGAAACAACUCAUGAAGGAACGUGAAGAACAAGCAGCGCUACUGCAACGUACACACAAGUCGACAUCUGCGCCGGCUCUCGUCACCGAAACCAGCGCCUCGGCGAUAUCCAGCCCGACAUUACCUAGUGUGAUACAUUUAAGCGGUGGCGAAAACGGCAGUGUUGCCAACCUGGCUGACAUUGAAGGCAUGACGGACGUGGACGUGGAUGCGGGUUCCACAACUACUGCUCCCUUGCCAUGAUCAGGAGACACAGUUUGGACUUGGAUGAUGACGUGAAAAAAAAUCUGUGUGUGUCUCAUUCAUUCAUUCAUUCAUCUACCUCUGUCGUGGACAGC